UGUUUGCUCAGCGCGCGACAGUGUCGUGGGUGAUUUCUCUGGCGCUAGGGGCGGGAUGGCCCAAACCCCGUGCGCCAGCUGAGGCGGGGACCCAGAUGGGCGUGGGGUCCUAGUCACAGGUGCCACCCACCCGCCGGUAUCCUGUCCUCUCUGGCUCCUGUCACGGGGUGUGUCUACGGCUCAGGGGCUCCUGGGACAGCGAGUCUGAGUAGCUGAUGGGUCAAGAGGCAGCGCCCCCUUCUGCUCACCUGAAUGCAGGUUGAGGAUGGGUACCCGAUGACCCUCGAGACAGCUUCGCUGAAAGUAAGGAGUGGUGUCAAGCCCAGCUGUCCCGUGUUGGCCCCAGGGACACUCCUGGCAUCCAGAUUAAGAUCAUGACUCCUGUGAGCAACCAUGGCGUGGCGGAGAGCAUUUUUGAUCUGGACUAUGCUUCCUGGAAGAUUCGAUCGACUCUAGCAGUAGCUGGCUUUGUCUUCUACCUGGGCGUCUUUGUGGUCUGCCACCAGCUUUCGUCCUCCCUGAAUGCCACCUACCGCUCUCUGUUGGCCAAAGAGAAGGUCUUCUGGAACCUGGCUGCGACGCGCGCUGUCUUCGGCGUCCAGAGCACAGCCGCAGGCCUGUGGGCGCUGCUGGGAGACCCCGUGCUUUACUCCAACAAGGCUCUCGGGCAGCAGAACUGGUGCUGGUUCCACAUCACCACUGCCACCGGAUUCUUCUUCUUCGAGAAUGCUGCCGUUCACCUGUCCAACCUGUUCUUCCGUACUUUUGACUUGUUUCUGGUCGUCCACCACCUCUUUGCCUUUCUCGGGUUCCUUGGGUCAGCGGUCAAUCUCAGAGCUGGCCACUACCUAGCCAUGACCACUUUGCUCCUAGAGAUGAGCACGCCCUUCACCUGCGUUUCCUGGAUGCUCCUGAAGGCUGGCUGGUCACACUCCCUGUUCUGGAAGGUGAACCAGUGGCUGAUGAUCCACAUGUUUCACUGCAGAAUGAUCCUUACCUACCACAUGUGGUGGGUGUGCUUCCAGCACUGGGACGCCCUCGCCAGCAGCCUGUACCUGCCCCACUUGGCGCUGUUCCUCUUCGGGCUGGCCCUGCUCACAGUCAUCAUUAACCCUUACUGGACACACAAGAAGACCCAGCAGCUUCUCAAUCCCGUGGAUUGGAACUUUGCACAGCCGGAAGCCAAGGGCGACCGGCAAGAAAGGACCAAUGGCCAGGUGCCUCGGAAAAAGAGGCUGUAGCGCCCACCCAGGGACCCCCGGUGGCUGGCGACGCCAGUCGGCGAGCCGCGGUCACACGGACAGUGACUUUUCACGUACAGAUGAGGACGAGAGUGAGUUUGGAUCUAGGCGACUACUAACUUGUUCUUUAGUACUAAUUCUAAAGUACCCAUGAAGUAUUGUUGGGGCCUUGACGUGCUUGCAAGAGGUCUUUGCCAUCAUGACCUCCUCCGAGUCCUCCGGCCCGGGCCCAACCACAGCCUGUCUGCCAAGGUGGUGUUAGGGAAGGAGCUGUGGCGGCCACGUGUGCAGGCAGCCGAGGAGGCCAGUCUGGAUCCCCGAGAGGAUUCAUUAGGAAGGACCCCCGCGUGGGUGUGGACGUGCCUUAUUUGGAAGUCACGUACUUUUUCGUUGCAACGAAUCGACCCUAAGAAAAUGUUUACUAGCAUGUGGGAUUUUUUUUUUUUAAGCCCGCGGCCGUGCACUGCCCUCUGGUGGCCAGAGGCGGAAGGACACAGUUAUGGUAAGGGGCUCUUGUUGGUGGCUUACUAGAGCCUUGUCCACCCCUCCUGGCGCCGUGGCGGUGUGAAAUCUUGUACUUCAAAAACAACAACAAUAACCACAAAACCCAAGGAACCUAAUAACCUCUUUUUUAAAUGAGAAUUUUUAGUGACGUAUUUCUUAAUUGACAGAAUAAGGUGUCUGGAUCUUUGAGCUAUUUCUAAUUGACCGAAGUGGCUACCCUAGCCCCCGAUCCUGCUCUGUCUUUCCCCUCUAGGCUGUGAGGGGGUCCUACACUCAGAGAUGCUCAUCCUGAGUUGCUAGGGCCCAGAUGAUGAGCACUGUUUGCGGGUUAGACCUCCAGACCCUGGCCAGCAAUGCUCUCGGCGGACACAAAAACUUUUCCCAGAGAACAAUUGUACAGGGUUUUUUGUUUUGUUUUGUUUUGUUUUUGUCAAAACUACCUGUGAAAUGGUGGUUGCUCUUGAAAAUCAUGUGUGACUUCCGACUGCCGUGGAUUGCCGGCCUUGGCAUAUUUUGCGUGUUAGCCCUUUAACUUUUAUCAGGAUGUAUGACGCCUAUUUAUUUCAGUCUAAGAAAGCCCUUACCUUGCAUUCCUAAGAUUAUCAACUGAAAACCCCAUAGCCCCCAUGUCUGCUUUGUCCAGGCUCCAGCCUGGCGGUUUUUAACUGGGCAGAAGUUUAAUAAAACGACAGCUCUUUCCAAAACCCAAA